AUGGCUACUCAAACAGACACAUCUUCAGUAAUAAAUACAAAUCGUUUUCCAGUGAUAAAUACUAUUAAUACUCCGUCAGAUGAGAAUGAUUUAAGAACAAGACUUUCAACAGCAGAAUCUAUCUGGGUUGCCAUUAAAAAUGAAGCACGUGAGUUGUGUACGUUCCACCCAAAAGAAUGGCUCGAUGGUCUGAAGCCAAAUAAGCACUAUCCACUAUUUACGAGAGGAGAUAUCGAUGGAUUUGUAGCAUUGUUUAUCAAUAAUUUGGCGACAUUACUGGCCGUUAUUGGAAAUCUGCUACCAAUAUUAGGAAACGACAUUGUUUAUGGAAGAAUUGUGCCAGGUGUUGGUAUUGCGAUGUUCUGGGGCAAUAUAUACUAUGUAUAUAUGGCACGUAAAUUAGCUCGUAAAGAAAAUCGAAAUGAUGUAUGUGCACAACCGUACGGAAUCAAUACUCCGGGAGCAUUUGCAUUCGUUUUCAGUAUCAUUUUCCCCACGUAUCAUGGAUGUGCUCAAAUAAAUUCGGCAGCUUAUUGUCGGGAAUUGGCGUGGUACGUGGCUUUAGCAAGUAAUUUUAUCACGGGAUGUAUUCUUCUGUUACUAUGCGUUGUUGGGGAACAUAUUCGAAGACACACACCCGCUGUAGCACUAUUGUCGUCAAUCUCCGGUAUCGGAUUUACAUAUUUGGCGUUAAACGAAUAUAUAGAUGUUGCGGAUGUGCCUAUUGUUGCUUUUAUUCCAUUUGCUAUUGUGAUGCUGGGUUAUUUUGGUAAUAUUAAAUUUGGUCCUAUACCCGUCGCCUUUGUUGCUCUUGUAGCUGGCACAGCUUUAGGGUGGGCUACUGGAACGAAUACACGUCAACCUGUUAUCGACGCAAGUCAUUUAGUAAAAGGAUAUGCUCCUGUAUUUCCUAUUGGCGAAAUGUUUCGAAAUAUGAAACAUAUUGGACCGUAUUUAUCGACAACAAUACCAACAGCAAUAUCGAUUGCUAUUGGAACAAUACAAUGUGUUGAGUCAGCAAAACGGGCGGGAGAUUUCUAUCCAACAAGAGAAUCAAUGUUAGCUGAUGGAGUUGGAACUUUAAUAGCGUCAAUAUUCGGCUCAAUACUUGGAAUGACAGCAUUUAUUGGUCAUCCCGCAUUUAAAAAAAUGGGAGCUAGACAAGGUUAUUCUUUAUUAAAUGCCUUUGCUUUUUUACCACUCUGUUUUCUUGGUUUAAUCGCUCUCCUUCUGUCAAUUAUUGCCAUUGUUUCGAUUAAUCCUAUUAUUAUUUUCAUUGGUCUUGUCAUCUGUUCUGAUACACUGGCUAUUACACCUCGUCGUCAUUAUCCUGCUUUUCUCCUUGGCCUCAUGCCGGUGGUUGCCGAUUGGGCUAAAGGAACGAUUAUAAGCGGAGUAACAAGUUCAUAUGAAUCAACGACAAAUAUGACAUUCAGCGACAGUAUUCUAGACUCUAUUAAGGGUUAUAGAUAUCAUGGUUUAGUGAAUUUUGGUGGUGGAGCUUUAUUAAAUUGUAUAUUCAUCGCAGCUAUUCUCAUGUACAUUAUUGAUCGAAAAUUUGUUCGCGCUACUGUAUGGAGUUUGUUAGCUGCUGUUUUUUCAUUUUUUGGUUUGAUUAAUGCAAACAGUGUAGGAUUAUUGUAUCGAAAAACAGAUUAUGGUUGGAAAUUUACUGUAGCUUAUACAAUGCUGGCUGUUUUAUUUUGUACCUUUGAACUUUUGCAACGUUGGCGAUGGGUUGAUCAACCUGAGGAAGAACCCGAUGAUUUAUCAUCGCUGGAAUGGGCUGAAUGGAAUAGAAGAGAAUUAUUAAGACAACAAGAAGGACCAAGUAUCGAUAAAGAUACGAGAAUGGAUCAAAUUAAUUUAAGCACUAAUGGAAGAUCACGAGUUUAA